GCACGCCAGCCACCGCAGUAGUGCUUAGUGCAACGCCGGCAUGACGUUCCCCGCCAGCUCGCUCUUCGUAGUAGCGCUGCUCCUUGCAGGAGGCAGCGAGGCGCAGAAAUCGCGUGACCAGGAAGACCCGUGCAAAGUGAAGUCGCGCGUCGUGGGCGACGUAACGUACUGCGACCGCUACUGGGAGUGCGUCAACGGCCAGCCGGAACUCUACGACUGCCCCAACGGGCUGGUGUUCGCGGGCAAGCACCGUGGCGUCACCGAGGGCUGCGACUACCCCUGGCGUUCCAACUACUGUGACGGCAAGCAGCUAGCCAACCCACCCAUCUCCACGGAGCACUGUGAUUGGCUGUACGGCAUCUUCGGGCACGAGACGUCUUGCACGCGCUACUGGACGUGCUGGAACGGCACCUCCACCGAGCAGCUCUGCAUCGGCGGCCUUCUCUACAAUGAGGACACGCAUUCCUGCGACUGGCCCGACAACGUAGACGGCUGCCAGAAGCACCCGCUGUGUAACGAGGACGCGAACGGCAACGUGCCGCUGGGCAAGUCGUGCAACCGCUACUGGCAGUGCCAGGGCGGCUACCCGCGGCUGCAGCGCUGCCCGGCCAUGCUGGUGUUCGACCGGCGGUCGCUGCGCUGCGUGGUGCCGCCCACGGAGGACUGCGACGUGCCCACGACGCAGGCGCCGCCGCCCGAGGAGCUGGACGACCGCAACGUGCCGGGCCCGGCACGCGGCCGUGAGCAGCCGCUCGACCUGCCGCCCGGAGCCCUGCCCAUCCCGCUGCGGCCUCGCCCGCGCAACUAGGCCGCACGCCGCUCUUAUUUAUCGUGCUCUAGCUGUAGCUCACUUCUCCUAUCUAAUGGACUCUGUUCUAGUGUAUAAGAGAACGGGCGUGAAUGGCGCGCCGUGUGCUGUUGUCCUAUCCGGGCAAUAGCGUCGUUUACUUCUUCCACACUUUCACAUUUGAGAGGCCGAGUGUGAAAGCAAAACCCGAUUUAAAAAAAAUUUUCUUCAUUAAUCUGCCAACGAUAGGACUCUAGAGCGUAUUCCGUUAACUCUCAGCCACAUGAUUUGCAGCUAUUUUACCUGAGGAUAACUUUAAACGAUUAUGUGGAGAAAAAAAAAAUAAAAAAUCGUACUCCUAUCUAGAGUCAGUUAUCAUUCGGGUUUUUACUUAGAAAUGGCAACCUGUGCGAAGUGGAAGGCUUUUCUUAUCGCUAAAUGCCAAUAGUAACAAAAGCUCACCAACCGUGGGCAAAAUUAUUGCUAAUAGAUAUGAAAAGGUUGAGGGAAAGAGAUGAGUAGGAGGGAGCGGCGGUGUUAUUACCCAGAGCUAUAAACAACACAUUAACGAAACCGCCUCGUUACGACUUACGUCUUUCCCCUUACCUUAAAUAAAUGCUAAAUUUCCGUCCAGAUUUAACUACGGGUCAAUAUUUGUCACAUUACGGUAUAUUUAUCGAAUAAGUAUGCCUUGCUGCUGCCAACAGCUAAUUCGAAGAAAAUAAAAUUAUGUCGCUCAUUUUAACACCAAAAACCGACGGUGUGAGUCUUGAUGUACCUCACCCAUUAACAUAAAUUUUGUGAUAUGUAGUCAAACAGCAAAUGAAACUUUAGACAAUAGUUUUCAAUCUUACGGCAGAUGUCUUCCCGAAAUAAUUUUCCUGUGGUGUAUAUAAAAUUAAAAUAAACUUUAAUCGCCUGAAGAUCCUCAUUUUCAGUCUUCCAGUGUCUCUGUACACUUUGAAAAGUUCAAAUACUCUUUACAUUUUAUCUUAUAUAUGUAGACUAAAUAAUGUGUUACAUUUUCUGUUGUGUAAUUAUUUGAUAUUCAUUGUAGAAUUCUCAUAGUAUUUCCCAUCACUUUGUAUCCGUGUAUUUCAACCGUAAAAGUCUCCUCAUUUUCGUAUACCUUUUCAUUACUCAUUAAUGUUUGUCAAAGGAAACUAAUGAUUUCUUUUCAUUCUAAUUAAGACUGAUUUUGUAUUAGCUUUUUCCCAACCAGCAAUAGAGAUAAAUCGUUUUGUUCAUGUUUCUAGUUACAACUUAACAGUUCGUUGUAAAUUUUUCUUGUACCCAGUAUUUCACUUGUGAAUAUUUUCCAAUUUCCUCAAGAUAAAUUUAUUGUUACAGUUCCCAUUGUCAUUGUAAUUCUCAUUGAACAUUACAAUAAAAAUCAUAAAUAGUUUUAA